GACCCGAUAAGUUCGACAAACAAAAUCAGGAAGGGCUGCUCCUCUAUCUUGAUUGAUUGAUAAACAUAAACAUAAACCGCAGUGUGUUGCCACACUGGUCGAUACAGCGUGAACCCCAAGCUAAUAUCAAAUUUUCCAUAAACCCUAAUAGGCUAAUUCCAAAGAAAGAAGCAAAUCACAAAUGUCAGGAGUCGGACCAAUCUCGCAGGACUGGGAACCCGUGGUGAUCCGCAAGAAGGCUCCCAACGCCGCUGCCAAGCGUGACGAGAAAGCCGUCAACGCCGCUCGACGAGCCGGUGCUGAGGUCGAAACCGUUAAAAAAGCUACUGCUGGGACAAAUAAAGCUGCCUCUAGCAGCACCACUUUAAACACAAGGAAGUUGGAUGAUGAGACAGAGAACCUUGCUCAUGACCGAGUCUCCUCCGAUCUGAAGAAAAAUAUAAUGCAAGCUCGGAUGGAUAAGAAGAUGACCCAGGCUCAACUUGCUCAAAUGAUCAAUGAAAAGCCACAAGUUAUUCAGGAAUAUGAAUCUGGGAAAGCUAUUCCAAAUCAACAGAUAAUUUCCAAGCUGGAGAGGGCUCUCGGGACCAAACUUCGUGGGAAGAAAUGAACUUAGCCUUGGUAAUAAAAAGUAAAUGUGUUGUGUGUGAUGUUGCACCCUACUUUAUAAACUUAUGAGGUGGUUUAGUAAUUUUGUGUAGGAACCACUUGAUGUCCAUGUAAGUCCAUUGCCGGAGUGGUAUAACGACCUGCGGAACUAAUAAUGAUAUUUGCAUAAUUUGCAAUUGUUGCGUUACA